AUGCCCGAGACGACCUCCCAAUCGCAACCCAAUUCACCACAAUCAGGCGUCCUCGUGCCAGGCUUUGGCCUCGGUUCGGCGGUGCUGAAUCCAUUUGAGCAUCCGCCCCUCGACUUCGUCCACGAUCCUUACCACCUAGUAGGAGGCGACAACAACGACGACGACGACGACCAGGUCUCCUCCCUCUCCUUCGGCUUCUCCUCCGACUUUACGCCAGACUUUACCCUCGGCCCCGACGCCGACGCCGCCUCCAACUCGGAAUCGGCAUCUUCGUAUCUCGGGAAUCAUCACCAACAUCACCAGUCAAACUAUCUCAACCAGCAUCAUCAUCAUCAACAACAGCACUACCAACACAGCGCCGCAGACACCAUGAACUUGCCCAGCUCCCACAUCCCGCCCCGCCGCAGCGCGAGCAUCCACUCCCUCACCCCGUCGCGCGACCUGCUCGUCAAACCCAAAUCCCCAGAGAAAUCCGCCGCUGCCGCCGCCGCGACCGCCACCAAAUCAAAACGAGUGCGGACGGGUUGUCUAACGUACGUGCAGGUCAAGAAACCGCCGUACAUGCCCCCCACUGUGGAGUGGUCAGUCCAAUUCCAAGAUGAAUCGAGGCUCAUCGCCUCAGAGUAUGUCGGAGGCCUCGGCCGGUACGCUCAUCUUGAUAAAAAGGCCGCCGUCGCCCCUCCGCCACGGCAUCUAGGCCAUCUAGAGCCGACCCUCCGGCACCAAUCCCACCUCCUCCCACACGCAAGAGCAAGCGGCCCAGACGCCUCCGUCUCACCGAGAACUCACCUCCUCCACCACCCACCACCACCGCCGCCGCCGCCCCCGGCGUACAGCCACCACCCGUACUAUCGCGAACCCCCUCCCCCGCGAGCAGGAGUCGGGGGAGGACCCAUCGAGUCAUCAUCAUCAUCAGCCUACCCGCGCCGCGAGAGCGAAUCCGCCUACCUCACGCCCCAAAACUCGGCUCACCCGGCGCAGGCGGCAUCUCACCACCCCUACAGCCUCCACGAUCACUUCGCCUCGUACCGCGACACCGGCGCCGGUGGCAUCCCCAACAGUCGCGCCCACGGCCACCACCGCGACAGCGACGCCUCGAGCGCGGCCUCCAUCGUCCCGCAACCUACCGCCCCGCCACCAAGCUACCGUAGCAGCGCCGCCGCCGCCGGGAACCCCUUGGCCGUAGACGGCAUGAUGACCCCCCCACCAAGCGAAAAGGCCACCGCCGGCGAGAGGGAGUACCUCAACUCCCCCGAGGAGAUCCUCUACAUGCAAGUGUUCGUCGAAGAAGUCGGCGUCUGGAUGGACUCGCUCGACAAGGAGAAACACUUCUCCCGCCUGAUCCCCUACCACGCCCUCAAAUCCCCCAUGCUCCUCAACGCCUUCCUCGCCUGCGGCGUCAAGCACUUGACGCUCGUCAACCCGGCCUACGAGGACGAUAAAGCCCUCUUCUACUACGACACCGCCACCACGCAGCUCCUCCGCAGCCUGCAGAACCCGGACCGCAACACGGGCGAGUGCGCCACCACGGCCGUCGUCCUCAACGUCUACGAAAUCAUGUCCGAGAAGCCCGCCCAGCGCAUGAACCACAUCGCCGGCGCCCGCGCCCUCAUCCGCGAGUGUAAGUGGGACGCCCGGUCCUCCGGCAUCGGCGCCGCGUGCUUCUGGCUCAACAUCGGCAUGGAGGUGCUCUCGUGCCUGGCCUUCAACUGGCAGACGUCGUGGGAUCCUGAUCAGUGGGGUCUGGAUAUGAAUUUCACCAACGAGGGCUGCGGCCCGGCUGGUUCGGCGGCGGCGGCUGCAUCGAGGUCCGGUGAUGGCUUUGGACAGGAGGAGGUCUGGGUCCAUCGGAUCCUGUACAUUGUGGCCAAGAUUGCAAACUUCCGCGCCACGAUCCCGCGGUUCCAGGAGCCGAGCCCGCACGACGAGCAGAUCCGCCUGGGUAACCGACUCCAGCAGUGGCAGGAUCUCAAGAAGCUCUGCGACAAGUGGAACAACACCUGCCCGAGGACGAUGCACCCGUUCGGAUACCUCUACCCAUCGCAAACAAACUCCAAGUCCGCCUUCCCCAACGUCUGGCUCAUCAAACGCGCCGCCAUAAUCGGCCGCCUCUUCUACCACACAGCGCAAUGCCUCCUCGCCCAAACGAACCCAAUGGAACCAGGCCGCGCCUCGGAAGAAAUGCGCGCCCUCCAGCUCCACCACGCCCACCAAGUCUGCGGCAUCGUAGCCCACACAAAAGACCGCGGCGUCGCCUCCGUCGCGAUCCGCUCCCUCGCCAUCGCCUCCGCCGUCCUCACCGACCCGCGCGAGCAGGAAGAGGUCCUCGAGAUCCUCGACAAGAUCCACGCCGAGAGCGGGUGGCGCCUGGGCAGCAUCCACGGCGAGCUCAAGAGGGCGUGGGGGUGGCCUUCGCCCGCGCCGUCGCACGCUUCUCUCAGUGGUCCGGCUGGUGGUGCCGGUGCUCCUGGGGACCACCGAGGUUCCGUGGGGAGUUAUGGCGGUGGGAGACCGGGCCCGCCGGGGAACCCGCCUGCCAUGGCGACGUCGAGCGCGCCGUCGGCGUCGAGCGCUGCUGCUUCUGCGCCGAUGAAGGCCCUCGUGAACCCGCUCUCGUACGCCGACUUUAGUUUGCCGAAUGCCCCCUACAAAGACUGGUGGAAGCCGCCGAAUCGCCAUGAUUCGUACAGCUACCAGGGUUUCCCAUGA